UGGCUUAUUAGCAAAAAAAACCCUCGACCAAUCAUUCGAAACCACGGAAUCAUAAGCAAAUUCACGAACAACUUUCCACCAGGAGCAGCCUUGUGGAAGGCUUUCGAAAUGUCUCGCGGUUGGAUUCUGCUCUUCUGUUUUCCAAAUAUUGGAAUACUUUACUCAGUAUUGGGGCACGAUGCCAAAGGAUUCGAUGACACGGUGCUGUUUAAUUUGGCAUGGCACGGAAAAGAUGAGCUAAUGACUAAUGGAAUUGAUGAUGAGGAGAUCAUUGUGUCCACAACCAACAAGGAAAAAUACAAGUGUAUUAUACCGUCGAUCGCUGCGAAAGAAGUUGAUGGAGAUGUUCAGUAUAAUGGUCCCAGUCCAAUCGACUUGCUCAUGCCUUUGUUCACACAUUCCACCUGCUCGUUCCGUAUCGAGAGCUAUUGGACUUACGAAGUUUGUCACGGCAACUAUAUUCGUCAGUAUCACGAAGAAAGGCACGAAAAGACCAGUAAACUGCAGGAAUAUUAUUUAGGAAAAUGGGACAAACAAAAGACUGCUGGUCUAAAGGCUGAGUUUGAAAAAACAGAAAACGAUGGAGAUCAACUCAAGUAUAAAAAAAUUGACGGACUCAAUCUGCCGUACCUGGAACUGGAAAUGAACUCUGGAACCGUUUGCGAUUUAAACGGCGAGCCGCGCGUUACCAAAGUUUUGUACGUGUGCUAUAUGCACGGAAAAAACGAAGUCUAUUCGUUGAAAGAAACGUCGACGUGUAACUACGAGGUCAUUAUAUUGACUCCAAUGUUGUGCGCCCAUCCUAAGUAUAAACCCAUAGAUACGGAAGAGAAUAAGAUCAACUGUUACGCCUUGGAUAAAGCGCCGAAAAAGCCCAAAAACCUGCUGAUGAUGGAAAUCGAGAGCAUGAAGUUGAAAUACCAAAAGCUUACGGACGUGCAAAAUGAUCUAAAAGAUGCUAUAGCAGUUCUUAAUUUCGAUCAGGUAGGGCCUAUAAAGGUCGGUCUAUUUCCGGUCGAUAUUCCAAUAGUCGAUAGCACCAAUCGAGAUGGAAUCGUUGAAAACGAAAUCACUGGCAUAGAAGAAGAAAAUACUAGUCCUAUGGAUGGACUGACCAAAAAAAUUCGGAAAUCUAAAGAACUAAAACCAUUGUUGGAAUUUCUAGACGGAGGCUAUUGUUUAACUGGGGGUUCCGGCUGGUGGAAAUUCGAACUAUGUUUCGGAAAACACGUACGUCAAUUCCACGAAGACACCUCCAUUUUUCUAGGGUUCUUCGACAAGGAAAAGCAUCUGGAGUGGCUAGAGCAGAAUCCAUCCAUCAAAACAAAACGUAAUCAAUUGAGUAACUUUUACGGUGGUGGAGAUGAGUGUGACAAAACCCAAACACCGCGACAGGUCGAAGUCAAACUGAAGUGCACCGAGCACUCAAUCAGCUCUAAUGCUAUUGCAUUGUAUUUGCUAGAACCAAAACCUUGCGAAUACAUCUUGAAUGUUGAAUCGUCACUCAUUUGUGAUAUUCUGCCAUAUGCAGAGGAAGAUAUGCUGCUACCAGAAAGUUUGCAGAAGCUCGAUGAAGAAACAUUAUACAUAAUCGAUAAUAGUAAUAUCAAUAACUAAGAAGUUUGAAAUGAAUAAAAUCAUUUAGUUUCUAAAUUCCA